AUGAACAAGUACUUUGUGAACGUUCUGUGGCUACUUCCGGUGCUGGUCGUGGCGCUGCCGGCCAACGACAAGCCCGGGAACGAGAACGACCUGAUGGCGACCAUCUACAGCGACUGUCUGAAGAAAGAAUCCAUCAAUUGCAUCAAGUACAAAGUAUUUUCCUACGUGGACAAAAUGUUGGCCGAUAAGGAGGAUAUCACGUUGACCGAUGGUAUCACCGUGGUGAAGACGUCGAACACAGAGGAAGGAGCUCCUAGAUCCAUCGAGUCCAGCGACUUGGAUACGCUGUUGUUCGAUAGACUGGGAAGGUUCCUCAGGACGCACACGGUCAAGGUUGACCUCAAGGGGACCGACAUACUCGGCGCCAUUGAAUCGGCCGGACGCAGCUUCGAGGACUUCACUGAUAAUGCUGUCGAGAGUCGUGGCAAGAAGAAGAAGGCGCAGAAGAUCCUGGGUCCGCUGAUAAUGGCGCUAGCCCUGAAGGCUGCCGCCCUUCUGCCCUUGGCGUUGGGAGCCAUCGCAGCCAUCGCGGGCAAAGCUCUCCUUGUCGGUAAAAUCGCGCUGGUGAUCUCAGCUAUAAUCGGACUGAAGAAGCUUCUGAGUUCGAGCGGAAAGCACGUGACAUACGAGGUGGUGUCGCAUCCUCAUCACAGCAGCAGCCACAUCGUGAGCCACGACGAAGGUCACGGUGGCGGUUACGGUGGCGGUGGCGCCGACUACGGUGGCGGCGGCUACUCCGGCAGCAGUGGCCACGGCUGGGCAAGAAGUUUGCCUCAGGAUGCCCACGAAAUGGCCUACCGUGCUCAUCAACCUCAACCACAAGCAUGAAGAAUCUAGAGAGAGUUUCGAUGUCUCACUUUCCUCUAUUCUCUUGACCACUUUUCAUCUCGUUUCACUCUUCCACUUCCUUUCUUGCUCUCUAUUUUAUAUUUAUUGUUCCUAUCCU